AUGUUUCACGAUGUAACAGAUUCUGGGAAGGAUACGAGUGAUAACGAGGAUACAGAUAUAUGUAGAGUAUGCCGUCUUUCUGGUGAUGAGCCUUUAUAUUAUCCUUGUAAAUGUAUUGGAACAAUAAAAUAUGUUCAUCAGAAAUGUUUAACAGAAUGGUUGAAGCAUAGUAAAAAAGAGGCAUGUGAGUUAUGCAAUCAUAAAUUUUCUUUCAAACCUAUUUACAAGGCGGAUAUGCCGUCAUCACUACCAUUAACGGUAAUGUUUAAAGGGAUGAAUAAAUUUAUUCAGAAAGCUUUAAAAACGGCAAUGACAUAUAUUAUUGUCUCAAUAUGUUGGACAAUAGUAGUGCCAUUUAUGUCUUUUAGAUUAUAUUCACUCUUUUUUAAUCUGGAUUAUCAUUAUUUAUUACCAAAAAUAACAGAUGAUGAAUUUAUCAAAGCAAUUGCAAGAGAUGUAUCACUAGGUUGGAUUGUAAUGCUUAUUAUGUUAGGAGGUUUCUUUAGUUUUUUAUGGAUUAAAGAACAAAUAAUGCAAAGUGCUCCGCAUGAUUUUAUUAAUUUACCAGAACGGCAACAUGAUGUUGUUGAAAUUGAUCCAUUACAUUUAAUCAAUAAUGUUUUAGAAAAUAAUACAAAUAGAAAUGAAUCUCAAGAUGACAAUAAUAUAUAUGGUGUUAAUGGAGUACAUAAUUUAGAAAAUUUAGAAUUUAUGUUUGAAAAUAAUGCUAAUUUAAAUAACAUGGAAAAUUUAACUGAAAAUGAUAAUGAAGAAGGACAAGCAACUGACGUUUUUGAUGAGAUACCUCAUUUAAAUGUUGGUGAUAGUAUUGAAGAUUUAACAAACGAUGAUAUUAAUACACAUGUAGAACAAGUUCAAUGGGUAGAUGAAGAUGAUAAUUUAGAAGAUGAAAAUAUUUUUCAAGAAAAUAAUGUAAAUAAUAUUAACGAAAGAGAAAAUUUUUUUAAUAAUGAAGAAAAUGUACCUAAUCAAAUAAAUGAACCUGAUGUCGUAAGAAGAUUUCGUGGAGAAAAUAUAGAAGAUGAGAAUAACGAAGAUUGGGGUGAUCGAGGUGAUGAGUUUACCUGGAGAAGAUUUCUUGGCUUUGAUGGAAGUUUUUUGUUUCUUGGUCAUAUUGCUUGGGUUUUAGGUAUAACUGCUAUAAUAACUGUUUUAUUUGCUACUUUACCAUACAAAGUUGGUAUGUCAUUUUUUCCAAUGGAUUUAAUUCCUGAUCACUUAAAAGCAUUUGAAGCAAUUGCUGGAAUUUCAGCUGGUUAUGUAAUGGGCAUGAUUGGAAUGUUUGUUAUACAUUCAGUAUCUGGAUUUUUAAGAUAUGAUCGAAUUUACAAAAUAUCAGGAAUAGCUUAUCUUCUUGUAAAAGUAGUAAUGUUAAUUAUAAUUGAAAUAGUUGUUUUUCCAUUAUUUUCCGGAAUUUUGCUUGAUAUGAGUUCACUUGCUGCAAAUGGUGCAACAUUAAGUGAUAAAGCAUCUUUUCUUCAAGAUAUGCCUUGGGCUUUUGUUAUUACAAGAUGGACAUUUGGAAUGAAUUUUAUUUUUUAUUCUGCUUCUAUAAUAAUGAAUUUAAGAGAUUUACUUAGACCUGAAGUUUUGUGGUUUAUUAGAAAUUUAAACGAUCCAGAUUUUAAUCCAAUUCAUGAAAUGAUUGAACAACCAUUAAUAAAACAUGCUCGUAGAACUACGCUUUCAAUAUUUAUAUUUUCAUUGCUUGUUUUACUUGUAACUUUCUUCCCAUUGACAAUAAUUUCAAAAAUUCUUCCAUCAAUUUUACCUUUUAGAAUUUAUCUAUACAAAGAUGUUGAAUUGGUAACAGAUUAUGCAUAUGAAUUAUUUAUCCUUAAUUAUGUUUUACCAAAUAUUUUAACUCAUUUUAAUGCCAGAGCAUUUACAAAAUCUAUUGCUAAAGUUAUUUGUCUUACAAUUGGAAAAUAUCUUGGCUUAUUAGAUUAUCUUUUAGCACCAGAAGAUCGAACAUUAUUUAAUGAUGACAAUGAAGAUAGAAUUCACUUCCCUCCAGAACUAGGAAUGGAAAAUCAAUUCGAAGAAUUACAUUUAGGUAUGCAGCAUCAUGCACUACAAUUAAAUCAACGUGAACGUAAAAAUCAAACAAAUAAAGAAGUCAUUAGACCAAAUUAUUUCAAGUUAAGAAUUAUUGCAUUGAUAUUAUGUGGUUGCAUAACGGUUAUAACAAUAGCUCUAGGGUUUUAUGUUUUACCAACAAUCGUAGGAAGAUUUAUUUUUGUUGCAGCUUUAGGUUUUGAAAAUGUUCACGAAUUUUAUACAUUUGGUAUAGGUAUAUUUGCUUUGUGGCCACUUUUCCGUGGAUCAAUUGUAGCUUAUGAAUGGGCUAUGAUGGGUUGGGAUCAUAUUUUAAAGACAAUAAAAUCGUUUGCAAAAAUAACUUUAAAUAUUAUUUUUGCUGCGAUACCAAUUAUUGUUAUAUUUCCAAUUUUAUUUGGUUAUUACAUUUACAGUGUAAUUGUAGUUCCGUAUCGUCUUUAUUUUCACCAUCAAACUAUUGUUUUUCAUGUAGGACAAUAUUAUGCUAAUGGUUUUGUACUUUGUAAAGCAAUAUGUUCAUUUAUAACAAUUGGUCCAGAGUGGUGGUUUAAAAAUGCUUUAGAAAAUUUGUAUUUCCGUGGUUUACGUAAUAUACGAUUAAAAGAAUUUUAUGUGGACAUUGUAUUACCAUUAGCUGCUUUCAUUCUUUUUCAAGUUUCCUUCCCAGUGAUUCUUGCAGAAGUUGCCUUUCUAUUUACGGGAAGUAGUGUGUACGAACGAAUAUACUUGUCAUUUUUAAUGCCCCUGGUAUUUUUAUCUCUACAACUUGUCAUUUGCUUUGUUUUUUGGCAAUAUAAUAAAUGGAGGAAAUUAUCACAAAAAAUAAGAAAUGAACAAUAUUUAAUUGGAAAAGAACUUGUCAAUUAUGAUAACUUAAAAUAA